AUGGCGGCAGCAACAACUUAUACCCCGCCAUCCCUCCCACCUCUCUUCACGCACACGAAUCCACCACCAGUCCUACUUUUCCAAGGCGCCGAAGCCCAUUUAUACAAAACCACAUUCCUCACGCCAGAAACUCCUGCGGCGCUGAAAGUGCGUCCCACAAAGGCAUAUCGCCAUGAAGCUCUAGACCGACGGCUGACACGCCAACGAGUCCUGCAAGAGGCUCGAUGUCUGUUGAGGCUUGUUCGCGAGGGCGUUCGCGUUCCUGCAGUACUUUCGGUUGAUUGGGAGCCAUCAGGCGGCGGAGACCAGCAGCGUGCGGCGGGGGCGUGGUUGCUUAUGGAAUGGAUUGAUGGGCCGGCCGUCAGGGUUGUGUUGGAGAGGUGGGAAGCCUGGAUGAAGACGUCGUUGAGUGCGUUGGGUCAAGAAGAUGCAGUAGUUAAAAAGGAGGAAGAAGAAACCCGAGUCAAAGAUCUGAUGGUGCGCAUCGGCCAGGUAGUUGGGAGCAUGCACAAAGCUGGUAUUGUUCAUGGAGACCUGACUACCAGUAACCUGAUCCUGCGAGCUUCCGAUCUUCCAUUGGACCAGAAUCCAGAGAAACACUUUGAACGACAGAAUCCGAACGACAUGACAGAAUCACCGUCCAUGGCGGGUGACAUCUUUCUUAUUGACUUUGGUCUUGCGAGCACGAGCGCCUACGACGAGGAUCGUGCGGUCGAUCUAUAUGUGCUGGAACGAGCGUUAGGAAGCACUCAUCCGAUGACCGAGGGGUUUUUCUCUCAUGUCCUUCAGGGCUAUUCAGAUAGCUUCAAAGGGGCAAAGAGCGUUCUUAAAAAGUUGGAGGAUGUGAGGAUGCGUGGACGAAAGAGGAGUAUGCUCGGUUAA